CCAUAAAAACCAUAAGAGAUACGUAGUGAGAGGAAGAAAGGUUGAGACUUUUUUUUUUGUUUAGAGAGAGAGAGAGCUUCGUUGAAGAAGAAGAUCUUCAGUGUGUAUGUGUGUGUGUGUCCUUUACAAUGCCUGUGGAGAAUAAUAGCUUCUCGUCCGCUGAGAUUCCCGAUGAGACAGACCAACGAAGCGACCGAUUUAACCCGGAAGCUGAACAGGAUCUACAAGAGAAAGGUGAGGGUAAAGAGGAAGAGGAAGUGAAACCCGAGGAGGAAGUGAAACCAGAGGAGGAAGAAGAUGAUGAUGAUGAGGAAGAUGCUGAGAAGGAAGUAGAAGAAGAGGAGGAAGAAGAAGAAGAGGAAGAGGAUGAGGAGGAAGAGGAAGAGGAAGAGGAAGAGGAAGAGGAUGAAGAAGAAGAUGAGGAAGAAGAAUCUAAGGAAAGAAGAAGUCCAUCUUCUAUGUCAGCAGACCAACCAGAAUUUAUGGAAAUUGGUCUUGGAGAAAUCCGUAAAGAUGUGCAGUGUCCAAUAUGCCUAGGAAUCAUAAAGAAGACAAGGACUGUGAUGGAAUGCCUUCACCGAUUCUGCCGGGAGUGUAUUGAUAAGUCAAUGAGAUUGGGGAACAAUGAAUGCCCUGCUUGCAGGAAACACUGUGCAAGCCGGCGUUCUCUAAGAGACGACCCAAAAUUUGAUUCUCUUAUUGCAGCUUUAUUCACAAAUAUUGAUAGUUAUGAGGAAGAGGAACUGGCUUUUCACGAAGAUGAAAAGGCUCGUAAUAAGCAGAUUCAAGCAUCUAUAGCUCAAAUAUCACAACGACAAUCUGAGGCUCUUGUGAAAAGGCGAUCUUUUGGUAAAGAGGCAGCAGUCUUGAUGAGAUCACCGCGUAUUGCUAGUGGCUCCAGAAGGAGAAGGAAUUGCAGAAACAUGGAACAAGCAUCAGAAGCUCAUGAUGAUGAUAAUAAUGAUGAUACUAACAAUAACGGAGGAGGCAAAGAUUCAUCUUCAGAUGAGCGUGGUACAGAAGUCCGACAGAAAAAGCGUAGAAAACGGUCUACAAGUCGUUCAACACAACACCCUUCUUCUUCAGGUGUUAACAAUAACAAUGGUAACUGCGCAGAUAACGACACAGAAGUCUAUAGAGACAGCAAAGGAAUAUCUUCCGGGCUUGUGUGGAAUCCGGAGAUACUGGCUUGGGGAAGAGGCGGUACAAGGAGUAACACAAGGCAUGGGAAUAAUACAUCAGGUGGCAGUAUUAAGAUUGCGAGGAAUGCUCGUGUUAACAAACUUGUUGAACAUCUACGUAGCAGCAUAGAUGGAUCCACUGUUGAGUUGGAUAUUCAUCUCAAGCUUGUCUCGCUGGAUACAAACUGUAUACCAGACUUACCAGAGCCAUAUCUCUGUUGCCGACCAACUUUGCUUGUAAAACAGCUCCGUGAAUUCAUGGCACGUGAGAUGCAUUUGAAGACUGAGGAGGUUGAAUUGUUAGUAACAAGAAGAGGAGUAGGAGUAGAUGCGACAGUAGAGAAUCUUCCUGUAGUGACUUCGGCUUCAGCAGCAGCAUCCAAAGAUGAGAUGCAAAGUCUCAAAGAUGAUGAAACAUUGUCAAGGCUCAAAGUUGAUUUCAUUUCAAGCCAUGAACAACAUUUGAUCAUAGCUUACCGGAAGAAGCAAAUCGAGUGAGGAUACUUGGAGCCUAAGGAUGUGCUGCGAACAAUGUAUUAUAUAUAAACAGAUGGAUCAGGGCUUGUUUGUCCGUUUGCUAGAUUUUAUAUCUCAGUUGGUUUUUCGUUUUAGGAAGUUUUUCGUUGGUGACAGACUUUUCUUCUUUGCGUAUUCAUUGUAGACGUUGCUUAGUAUUUUCGGAGCAAAUUUUUAUAAGGAAAACCUUUUUCUUGUCCUAUA